CAACUCUAUCUCCUCCCGCCGGCGAAGGAGAAGCAGCAGCUAGCAACAGGCAGCUCCCAAUGGCUCGCCUGCUCCUCCCGCAAUGCUGCUGCGGCCUCAAGCCCCUCCCGCUCCUCCCCCGCCGCGCCAUUACGCUUCCCCCGCCUCCUACCACCCUCUCCGCCGCCUCGCUCUCCCAGUCCCGCCGCGCCCUCUCCCUCCGCGUCGCCGUCGCUGCGCCCACCCGCCUCGCCACCGCCGCCGAGGGCCAGGACGAGCCCGCCGCGCGCUUCGACCCCGGGGCGCCGCCGCCGUUCGGGCUGGCGGAGAUCCGCGCCGCCAUCCCCAAGCACUGCUGGGUCAAGGACCCCUGGCGCUCCAUGGCCUACGUCCUGCGCGACGUCGUCGUCGUGCUCGCCCUCGCCGCCGCCGCGUCCCGCCUCGGCUCAUGGCUCGCCUGGCCCGUCUACUGGGCUGCCCAGGGCACCAUGUUCUGGGCCCUCUUCGUCCUCGGCCACGACUGCGGCCACGGGAGCUUCUCCAACAACGCCAAGCUCAACAGCGUCGUCGGCCACAUACUCCACUCCUCCAUCCUCGUCCCUUACCACGGCUGGAGGAUUAGCCACAGGACGCACCACCAGAACCACGGCCACGUCGACAAGGACGAAUCGUGGCAUCCGCUCCCUGAGAAGCUGUACAGGAGCCUGGACAGUUCCACCCGGAAGCUUCGGUUCGCAUUACCGUUCCCGAUGCUCGCGUACCCCUUCUACUUGUGGUCGAGGAGUCCAGGGAAGUCUGGCUCGCAUUUCCACCCGAGCAGCGAUUUGUUCCAGCCCAACGAGAAGAAGGAUGUGCUGACGUCCACAACGUGCUGGCUUGCCAUGGCUGGCCUCCUUGCUGGGCUCACCGUUGUGAUGGGGCCUCUUCAGAUUCUCAAGCUCUAUGCUGUCCCCUACUGGAUUUUUGUUAUGUGGCUGGACUUUGUCACCUACCUGCACCAUCAUGGCCACAACGACAAGCUUCCCUGGUACCGUGGAAAGGAAUGGAGCUAUCUGCGUGGAGGCCUGACAACGCUUGACAGGGACUACGGGUGGCUCAACAACGUCCACCAUGACAUCGGCACUCACGUGAUUCACCAUCUUUUCCCACAGAUCCCACAUUACCAUCUAGUAGAGGCGACUGAGGCAGCGAAGCCAGUGCUGGGGAAAUACUACAGGGAGCCGGACAAGUCCGGUCCGUUCCCGUUCCACCUGUUUGGCGCACUGGCACGGAGCUUGAAGCGCGACCACUACGUUAGCGAUACCGGAGACAUAAUCUACUACCAAACUGACCCGAAAGUCGCUGGUGGUGCACACACGUCUGACUGACAGCACCAAUCACGCAUACUCUUCUUUGUGGGGGUGAAUGCUGCUCGUUAUCACUGGACCAGUAUGUUGUGUCGCAUUGGCAAGUCUGUGACAUGAGGCGAAGCAGAUGAUGAACUAUUGCUGCGGAGCAUUAUGGAUUUUUGGUUGUAAAAAUAGGGUUGGGACCAUGUUAGAGUAGAUUACAUUCAUGCACUUGUAAGGAACAAGCGAUUCUUUGGACAAGGUAGAGAGCCACAGCAAGCUCAGAGAUGGAGAAGACUUGGGCUGAUGAGAGUGUUUUGAUACUGUACUGCUAUACAAGCAUACAUCAGUGUUUUAUUGCAUACAUACAUAUAUACUUCAGUGAAAAGAUCUCAACUUAAAGUCUUAAA